AUGAAUUACUAAAAUGAGAAGAAUGAAGAUUUUUAUAGCAUUUUAGCUCCUUUAAAAGUUUUUAAUGAAUCAGUCUUCCCUGUUCUCAUUAAAAUAUUCAAAAGAGAUAAAAUUUAAGACUGUUUAGGAUUUCUCUCAAAAGUUCAAUAUCAAUGCCAAACCCAAUUGGAAAUAUUUGAGGUCGAAAAUUUUUUACUUGUUGAUAAGGGGUAGAUUCAAAAUUUUGAAAAUGCUGAUAUUAAGAAAAUAAUUACAAUUCUAAAAAUAAUUAAAGAUCAUGAGUUUAAUGACCAGAAUUACUCAAUAAGAAAAUAUUAAAAAAUUAAAUAAGAUCUAAUUAUGAAAAUAUCUUGGGAUAAGAGGAUCAUAGAAUUUUUAAAAUUUUUAGUUCAUCUUACGUCCUUAGAUGAAAGUUAUAUUUCUUGUGGAUCGAAUUCUCUUCAUUUAUUAGUUGAGAUGAAGGUUGAUUUGAAGAGACAAUCUUUGGAAAAUAUUAAAAUUAAAAACACUUCACUUUUAGGAGCGAAUUUUUUCAAAUGUAAUUUAAGCGGAUCUGAAUUUGACAACGUCAUUAUAAGUGGGAUGAAUUUAAAUGGUGCUAAAUUAUUUAAUUGUAAAUGGAAGAAUUUAGGAAGUAAUGAGGGAGUGGAGUUAAAUGGUCAUGAAGAAAGUGUUAAUUAAGUAUGCUUUUCUCCAGAUGGUCAUUCAUUAGUUUCAAGUAGUGAUGAUAAUUUCAUUCGUUUUUGGGAUGUUAGAACAGGGAAAAUUCAUUUUGUUAUUUAAGGAAUGAGCGAAGUAAAAUCAGUCUGCUUCUCACAAAAUGGGAAUACAUUAGCUUCUAGCAGCGAUGAAUUUGUGUAUUUAUGGAAUCUUAAAAAAAGGAAGUAGAUUUCUAAAUUGAUUGGUUAUAAAGGUGAGGUAAAAUCAGUCUGUUUCUCUCCUGAUGGUAUUAUAUUAGCAUCUUGCGGUGACAAUAAAUCUAUUCUAUUAUGGAAUGUUAAGACAAGAAAAUAAAAAGCCAAAUUCCAUGGGCAUACUAGUUGCGUUAAUGCAAUCUGUUUUUCUCCUGAUAGUACUACAUUAGCUUCUGGUGGUGACGAUAAGUCUAUCCGUUUAUGGAACGUUAAGACAGGAUAAUAAAAAGUAAAAUUACAUGGUUACAAUAAUUGUGUUUAUUCCAUCUCCUUCUCUCCUGAUGGUACAACAUUAGCAUCUGUUGGUAGUGAUAACUCUAUCCGAUUAUGGGAUGUUAAGACAGGUUAUUAAACAGGUGAGCUAGAUGGCUAUAAUAGUUCAAUAAAUUAGAUCUGUUUCUCUCCUGAUGGUACUAUAUUAGCAUUUGGAGGUGUUGAUAAUUCUAUCAGUUUAUUGGAAAUUAUGGCAGGAAAAUAACUAGCCAAAUUAGAUGGUCAUAAUAAUGCUAUAAGUUCAGUUUGUUUCUCUCCUGAUGGUACUACAUUAGCAUCUGGUAGUUUAGAUUAAUCUAUCCAUUUAUGGGAUGUUAAGGCGGCAUAAUAAGAAGCCAAUAUAGAUGGUCAUACUGGUGGUGUUAAUUCAGUCUGUUUCUCUUCUGACGGCACUAUAUUAGCAUCUGGUAGUUCAGAUAUGUCUAUUCGCUUAUGGAAUGUUAAGAAAGGAUAUUAAAAAGCAAAAUUAGAUGGUCAUCUAAAUAAUGUCUAGUCAGUCUGUUUCUCUCCUGAUUAAAAUACAUUAGCAUCUUGUGGUUCUGAUUACUCUAUUCGCUUAUGGGAUGUUACAAUUGGAUAGCAAAAAGCAAAAUUAGAUGGCCAUACUGAUGCUGUCAGUUCAGUUUGCUUCUCACCGGACGGUACUACAUUAGCAUCUGGAAGUUAUGAUUAAUCUAUUCGUUUAUGGGAUUUUAAGACAGGAUAUGAAAAAGCUAAAUUGGAGUAUAAUAAAGGUUAUGUUUAUUCAGUCUGUUUCUCUCCUGAUGGUACUAUAUUAACCUCUAGUGGUAGUGACAACUCUAUAUAUUUAUGGGAAGCAAACACAGGAAUACAAAAAGCAAAAUUAGACGGUCAUUAUAAAGGAAUUCUUUCAGUGUGUUUCUCUCCUGAUGGUAAUUUAUUAGCAUCUGGUAGUUCAGAUAAGUCUAUCCGUUUAUGGGAUGUUAAGACAGGAUAAUAAAAAGCCAUAUUUGAUGGUCAUACUAAGCAAGUUCUCUCAGUAUGUUUCUCUCCUGAUGGUAAUAUAUUAGCAUCUGGUGGCUAUGAUAACUCUAUCCGUUUAUGGGAUAUUAAAACGGGCUAGUAAAAAGCCUAAUUAGAGGGUCAUAGUAAAAGUGUUCGAUCUGUCUGUUUCUCUCCUGAUGGUACUACAUUAGCAUCUGGUAGUGAUGAUUAAUGUCUCCGUUUAUGGGAUGUUGUGACAGAAAACUAAUAAGACAAAUUAAAGGGUCAUUGUGAUAGAAUUUGGCCAGUCUAUUUCUCUCCUGAUGGUAAUAUAUUAGCAUAUAGUAAUUAUGAUUUUUCAAUUUGUGUAUGGGAUGUAAAGACGGGAUAAUAAAAAACAAAAUUAGAUGGUCAUACAAGUAACGUCUGCUCAAUCUGCUUCUCUCCUGAUUGCAAUACAUUAGCAUCUGGGAGUGUUUAGGAUUCUAUCUUUUUAUGGGAUUUGUAAUCUGGGAAGAGAUUCCUCCAAUCAGAUAAUUGUUUUAAAGAUAUUCUAGUGUAACUCCCAUCAUUUAAAAAUAUUAUUCUUCCAGAGAGUAGUAUUUAUUAAUUCAUCUUUAGCUGCCUCUAAUGUUUCAAUUCUUCGAAUAUCACAGAGUCAGACAUUAGAAACCUAAGGAGCAUUAAUAUUGAAAGGAGAAUUUGUAAAUUCUCAAGGAGCUGAUUUACUAUAAUUAUUCAAAGCUAAAGGAAGUUGCAUUUUACAAAGCCAAGAUAUAUUACAAGAAAAACACAAAUGA